AUGUCGCUCGCAGAUGCCUCUGAAGUUCGCAAAGCGCGGCUCAUUGCUCUUCGCAAACGGAAGGCCGGCGAGGCUAUGGAUGAGGGCGAACCAGCGGACUCAGUCAUCAAGCACAGAACCUUUGAUCCGGAAAGCCGUACCCUGAAGAAGCACACCCGUGAAGAUGAGGCGCACAUGGAGGACACCGUGGAAAAGAGAGUAGAAGGCAUGGCGGAGGCCAUUAUCGCGGAAGACCAGCAACGAAGAGCACAGGAUCUGGACCUAUUCAACAUUGCGCCGAAACGGCCGAACUGGGACCUGAAACGGGAAAUGGAGAAGAAACUCGCACGUUUGGAGCGCAAGACACAGGAAGCGAUACAUACGCUCAUCAGACAGCGGCUGGCAGCUCAAAAAGGCCAGUCAGACGAUCUUGUCGGUGCAAUGAAAGCGCAAGAGAGAGCAGAACAAGUAGAGAAUGAAGCAUCGGACGAGGAGUGA